AUGCCAACUCGCCUCCCUUUGCCUGACUUUGCUUCGUCGUCUUCGAGUCUUAGGAGCUCUAUCCUUAGUUAUCGGCAGGAAAAUGGGAGAACCUACCAUCGGUACAAAGAUGGCAAAUACAACAUGCCGAACGACGAUCUUGAGUGUGAGAGACUAGAUUUGCAACACCAUUUGGUCACCCUCACCCUAGGAGACCGACUGGGCUUAGCACCACCCAACGACCCCGACUCCAAGGUUAAGCGGGUCCUCGAUGUUGGCACGGGCACGGGAAUCUGGGCCGUUGACUUUGGCGAUGAACAUCCCGAAGCUAAGGUUAUUGGCGUCGACCUCUCACCCAUUCAACCCAGUUUCGUCCCCCCAAAUGUCGAGUUCUUUGUCGACGAUAUUGAAGAGCCAUGGUCGUUCUCUGAGCCUUUUGACUACGUCCAUAGCAGGAUGAUGACCUUUAGCAUCAAGAGUUGGCCGGAAUACAUCCGCAACAUUCACGACCACCUCAACCCCGGCGGCUACGUGGAGCUCCUAGAGAUCGAUCUCUAUGGAAAGUCUGACGACGGCACCCUCAAGGAGCACCAUGAACUCUCACGGCUAGUCAGGCUCCUAGACGAGGCGUCCACAAAGAUUGGCCGUAAAUUCCAGGACAACAAGAAGAACAAAGACAUCCUGCGAGAUACGGGUUUCGUGGACAUUGUCGAGACUACCUUCAAGUGGCCAACCGGGCCUUGGCCUAAGGACAAGAAGUACAAGGAGCUCGGUCAGUGGUACAACACUAGCAUGGAUGCGUUCCAGGGCCUUGAGUCGCUUGCCAUGGCUGCACUUACUAGGGUACUUGGAUGGAGUAAGGAGGAGGUGAUUGUCCAUCUCGCACUGGUUAGGAAGGAGAUGGCUGACAGGAGCCUUCAUGCAUAUUGGCCGAUAUACUCGACUUACGGGAGACGGCCUCUUGAGUAACUUGGAAUAGGGGCAGGGAGGGAGUAUAAUUCAGUUAAAGUAUUGUCGUAGAUCCAGAACCCUCUUUUAGAUAUCCGAUAGCUACAUACCGGUUUUCUUGCCGUUGGGGUGAGGUGCAUUAAUACAUCGACCAGAAGGUGCCAUUUGGACAGGACAAUCCGUCCUAUGAUGGCCUCAUUAUUCAGUGG